AUGCUAGCUCAUGAGUUGAUUAGAGGGUAUGGUAGGAAACUUAUCUCCCCAAGGUGUAUGAUUCAAAUGGAUAUACAAAAAGCUUACGAUACUGUUGAGUGGCUAGCUCUGAAUCAAAUUAUGUGCUCUCUCAGGUUUCCCCAGAAUUUUGUGAAUUGGACCAUGACUUAUAUUACUUCUGUAUCCUACAAGUUCUCUCUCAAUGGUGAACCCAGUGAUGUUCUUAAAUCCAAGAGAGGGUUGCGGAAGGGGGGUCCUAUAUCCCCUCUGCUGUUUGUGCUGAUCAUGGAAUAUUUGUACAGGGUUCUUCAAACCCUCAAAGAUGCCUCCGAUUUCAUAUUUCACCCCAAGUGUGAUAAGUUGAAGAUUAUUAAUAUCUGUUUUGCUGACGAUAUUUUGUUGUUUUCCAGGGCUGAUGUUCCAUCUAUUAAGCUUAUCGUGAAUAAAAUUAGAGAUUUCACUCAAGCCACAGGCCUUUAA